AUGGCCCCCAGUUGUGGAUGGCUCAUCUGCAAGCCCAAGACAAACAAGUCUGAUGUCAAAGAAUUCCAUGUUAACGUCGAUAUUGCUAAGGCUCAGGCCAACGCCGCUGGCUUCACCAAGUGCAAGAGCGGCGACCUCACGACUUCAAGAACGCCGACAAGAUUCAGUGGGAUCAAGGAGUACAAAAAGGGCAAUAAGUCUGAUGAUCAGGAUAAAACCCCUAUCCGCGUCGUGUACGUCCAGACGAAGGACAAAAAGCUCCAGUUCUGUGGCGUCAUGAUCCAUCUCGAUGUCCUCGUCGACUACCAGGGCUCGGGGUAUUUUGCCAAGUGCAAUCCUUGA